AUGGCUCAAGCAGAAGGUGCUUCUCUUACUAGAGCCCCUCUGUUUGAUGGAACUGAUUAUGUUUUUUGGAAAGUCAUGAUGGAAGCUUUUAUAAAUUCUUUAGAUGUUCAUAUGUGGGAAGUUGUUGUUACAAAAUAUACUAUGCCCAAAACCAUACCUAUUGACCCUGAUGAUAAAACCACGUAUGAACUUGAUAAAAGAGCCAAGUUUUCUAUUUUAUGUGGUCUCACAAAAGAUGUGUUUGUCAAAGUCAUGUAUUGUAAUUCUGCCAGUGAUAUAUGGGUCAAGUUAGAAACUAUUUAUCAAGGUGAUGAAAAAGUAAAAGAGUCAAAGUUGAUUACUUUGAAAACUCAAUUUGAUAAUUUGAAAAUGAAUGAAGAUGAAAACAUAGCUGCUUAUUUUCUGAGAAUCGAUGAAGUGGUGAAUGCUCGAAAAGGCUUAGGAGAAGACAUUAAGGAACAUGAUGUAGUUUCAAAAGUUCUUAGAACUAUUUUACCAAAAUUUGAAAUGAAAAUCUUUGCUUUAGAAGAAAAGAAACAUUUCUCAAAUAUGACUUUGCAUAAACUACAAGGAAUCCUAACUACUUAUGAAAUGAGAAUUAGCAAUAAUGUUGCUUCUACUUCAAAAGAAACAGCCUUCAAGGCUGAAAAGAAAGAUGACAGUGACUCUGAUAUCUUGGAUGCUCUUGAAGAAUUGUUAUAUGGACACUUUGCUGCAAAGUCUCCCUAUGCUGAUCAAAAUGAGGAUGAUGAAAAACUAGAAAAUUUCUCUAAAAAGAAACCUUGGAAUGAAAAUAAAAGAUUCAAAAACUUUAAAAAGAAGAGUCUUUUAUCAAAGGAAGACACUGAUGAAGAAUCAGAUGAUUUAGUUGAAGAAGGAGAAACUUUAUUCAUGGCUGAAAUUGUAAAUGAUCAUAAAGCUGAAACUAUUCAAUCAGAAUCUUCAUUUGAUUUAGAUGAAGAAAUAAAUUUUGAAGAGGAGCUACUUUGCUCUUUACAAGAAAUAAAGAGAUUAAAGAAGUUGGUUUCUACUCAAGAGGAAAAUUGCCAAAUUCUACAAGUAGAAUUGAAUACUGCAAAUCAAACUAUUGAGAGUCAGAAAGUUCUAUUAGAUGAAAAUGAGCAGAAAAUAAUUCAGUUAUACAAACAGAUUGAACAAUUUGAGAAAAAUGAGAUAUCAAAACAAUAUUUGAAUUGGUCAGCAAACUUUGGUUUCUUUAAAGGGUAUUGUUUUUGUUGUAAUUCUUUUGGACCUAAAGCUAACAACUGCAAGUUAGCCAUAAAAGGUCCUAUGUUUGGGCAUAGACAAUCAUAUGGUUUCAAAAGAAUAACAAGAUGCUUUAAAUGUUUUCAUUAUGGGAAUUUUGAGAAUCAGUGCAAACUGAAAUUGAAACCUCAACGAGUAUGGAAACCCAAAAAUAUGAAUAUUGAAAAAUAUUUGAUUGUUGAAACAGCCUUAUUCUCAUAUAAACCUGCAACGUGGGUUUUGGACAGCGGUUGUUCUCAUAACAUGACUGGUAGCAAAAACAAAUUUCAAACUUUAGAAGACUUUGAUGGUGGCUUUGUCAGGUUUGGUGAUAAUUCAAGAGCUUAUAUUACAGGAUGA